GAGAAGAGUCGCAUGCUAGAAAUCGGCAGAGAAGAAGCUCUUACGCAGCGCAGGUGGGAAGAGCUCUGGCCUGUCCUAAGAUGCGAAGAAGACAAAUGCCCUUGUUCAACUUGGUGUGCAUCGUAUAUUGAGGGGGGGUUUCCGGAAUAAAAUUAGAAGAAUCAGAAGCUGUUUUGGAGAAGCUGCUACUACCCAGAUUCUAAAAAUCUGAUUUUCAGCCAUUUAAAAUCACUUUUAAAAUCAGAUCCAAACACCUUCAAAACUGAUUCUGCUUCAAAGUGCUCAUUGGGACGGCAGAAUCAAUUUCUAAACGCAGAUCCAAACAGCCCCUAAAUCUGUCUUCACGGUCUGACAAAGAAAUUUAUACCCUACCUAUUAUAGUAAUUCACUCUAAGGGGGUGUUGGGAUCUGAUUCUUAAAACUGCGUCUGCUCCUUCAAGGAGCAGAAACAGAAGUUCGAGUGUUUGAGUGAAAGUGUUGUAGUACUUCUGGUGCUCUAAUUUACUCCUAGAAGCAAUUUUUUUAGAAGCUGGGGAAGACCACCUUCUGAAAACUGAUUCUGAUUUUGCUUUAAAAAGAAGGAGAAACACAAUCAUUUCCAAACACGCCUAGAAUUGGUAUUGAGUAAUAAACUUCGAAUGUCAUCCAAAAUCAACUCAAAAUAAGGUGAACCUGACUCCGCAUUUAAGGCGUUAACCGCCACUAAAGCUUCAUAUUCGAUUUCCACGAGCUCCCAACCUCUUGCUGCCGCGAUAUGUAAGACAUGAAGAAUCCCCAUAUUGCCUUCUUGACAACACGGCCUCAUUGUCUUGAGCCACUCAUCCUACCGCUCUCGUUCAUCUUCCAUCAUCUAAAGUUGCAUCCACAUUUACCUUGUUGGGGUUUCCCCCAUCUUGUCUUAGAUUUCUCCCUCCCUACCGCUGCUCCUCGCACAUUCCUUGUUUGUCUCCAACCAUGCAUCACUGAGUUGUUCCUCCUUUUCCACAAACUCCAUAGAUUUAUGAUAGCUGUGCAACAACCCUCUUCGUCAAUUGUAUUAAACAAAUUUAUGAUCCACUCUAAAAAUGUACCUUCUGCCCGAGAAAAGGCACCUCCCAGCCUUUGCCAAACCUUUGAGCCUUGGAACACAAUAAGAAGAGGUGGUCUUUUUACUACUCCCCGUUUCAUGAGUUUAUCCGCCUCAGGUAAACAUCCUAUCAUUAGUUGCCAAAAAAAUAAUUUAACUUUAGGAGGCAACUCAAAACCCCACAUUCUAGUCCACCCCAUCCAAUAGGUUGGCUGAAACUCACCAACCUAACAACUCCAUACGGAAUAAACUCCUCUGAUAUCAUCUGCCCAGUAAAUCCCGUCCUUGACUCUUCUAUGACUAAUAGGGAUGCUUAGAAUUUUCUCUCGGUCUUCCUCAUUAAAAAUAUGGUUAAACCUUUCCUCGUUUCAAGUUUUCCAAUCCUCAUUAAGUAAAGCAGCCACAUCCAUAUCUUUCAUACCCCGAUCCAGGUCCAGGUAACCAAGCAUUGGCCCAAACUUGAAUAUCAAUUCCUACCCCUGACACGCUUUCUGGUACCAGCUACCACCACUUGUUGUCCCUCGAAUAUGAUUCUCCAAAUAAAAGAUGGAUUUCUUCCCGCUUUUGCGUUGCUAAAACUCCGUCAUGGGGUUAUAGGACUAGGCGCAGAGCCUAAUCGACCCAGGCCCUGAACUUGGACCAGCAGGCCCAAGCCCAGCGACCCAGAGCUGAAGCCGACCCAACCGAUCACGCCCAUCCGGAAGCCCAAGACGGCUUGCCUUCCAAGCCAACGGGGAGCCUGCCUUCCAGCCCAUCCAGAAGCCUGCCUCCAUCCCGAUGGGGAGCCUUACGUCCAGCCCAGUAGGGAACCUGUCUUCCAGCCCAGCGGGUAGCCUACCUUCCAGGCCAGCCAGGAGCCGGCCUCCGGCCCGGUGGGGAGCCUGCCGUUCAGCCUGACAGGGAGCCUGCCUUCCACGCCAGCCAAGAGUCUACCUUACAGGUCGGCCAGGAGCCCGCCGUCCAGUCCUGCAGGAGGGAGAUCAAGCGUCCAACCUGCCAGCCAAGAACAGUAACGACCAGAGCAGUUAAUGUGCCACUUAAUUAUGUAUUUAAUUCCGUAUUAAUGUUGUAAUUAACUUGAAAUUAGUAUCUUUGGAAGUUAUCAUUCGUAAUCGCCUAUAAAAGGCAAGUCCGAUUCAAAUAAUAGACACGC